AGUUUUUUUUACAGAAUUCUGUUUUUUAACGUAAUAAUAUGUUUGGUUGCAUAUCCUAUUUUUGAACAACCACUCCAGUGACGUUACGUGAUUGGUGCAAACAUUGAACUCGUAUUACAACGAGACGAGUUCAGUGGGUGCAAAGUUAUGAGGCAACCUUUUUACUUUAUAAAUCUUGAGUUUAAAGAGUAAAAUUAUUUUAACUAAAAAUAAAUACUUUUUGGAUUUACCCUUAAUUUUUUUACAAUUUCAUUAUAUUAAGUUUUAAUACUGUAUAAAAACAAAGAUUACUUUUAAAUAAAAAUUUGUUGGAAGAAAAAAUUUUUAGCGUUUGUCGGAAGAGGCGCACGCGAUCAAAUCAUUGUUUGACGUUUGACAGUUGAGACAUAACCUAUUUUUAAUUGUUUACAAACCUUGUAUUUAAUAAAGUGGCAUCGAAAUUAGUUAUACAAAGCUUUCAAAGACUUAUAAUUAUGUCGUAUUUGGGAUCUCCGUACUCUAAUUCGUAUAACCAAGACUACGAAUAUGAAGAUGAUAAUUUUGACGACGAAGAUGAUCGAGAAAACGAAGAUCCUCAUGAUGAUAGUGACGAAGAUACUGAAGAUGCCAGUGAAACAGAUACUGGUCGUCAUGAAGAGCCCCUUGAAAUUAAAGAACAAAUGUAUCAAAUACAAUUAGCUAGUCUUAAAAAGAAACUCCAACAGCUCAAUGAUGGUACUCAUCACGACUAUAACAGAAAAGUUAAGAAACUUGAGAGUCAGUACAGAGAACGAAUAAGAGUCAAUAUCUUGUAUAGAGACUACAGAAUUGAAUGUGUGGAGCGUGAAUAUAUAGCUGAAAAAAAAGCUGCAGCUAAAGACUUUGAAGACAAAAAGAUUGAUUUGCGAGAAAAUUUAAUCUCAGAUUUAGAAGACAAGAAAAGAACAAUUGAAGCUGAACGUUAUUCAAUUGAAUUAACUGGAGAUUCCAUGGAAGUAAAACCAGUAAUGACAAGGAAAUUACGUCGUAGACCAAACGAUCCGAUUCCUGUGCCUGAAAAACGACGAAAAGCGCCCACAGCACAAAUAACCUAUCUUUUAGAUGAGAAAGAGAUUGAAAAUGACUUAAAAAUAAUCAAUAGGGGGAAAGUCCUCGCCCCUGUAAGGAAACCGAGUAUUGAUGAUAAUAUUUCACUAUCUUCUGGCAAUCUUCAGAAUCCUUUGACUGUUUCACCAGGUCUUAAUGAUAUACCUUUAAUUGAGACGAGAAUAGAGGACGGGAAACUCUUGUAUGAAAAGCGUUGGUUUCAUCGAGGUCAGAGUGUUUUUGUUGAAGGAAGGGAUUUGCCCAAAUUCCCUGCAAAUAUUUCUGCAAUAGGCAACGAUAUGAUUUGGGUGAAAAGAUCGGAUGGUAAUAAAGUUAAAAUCUACUUAUCAAGUUUGUCUCGGGGCAAGAUAUCAGUCAAACGAAGAGCGUCGUAAAUUGUUAUACAAAUAUUUAUAACUACAGUUAAAUAUCCCAAUAUUUUCACGCCAAUGAGUGGAAGAAAAUAUUUUGCAUUUAAAUUAUAACUAUGUAGUCUGUAAACAAUAAAAAAGUUAAAAAAGUCCAAUGUUAAUUAGUUAA